AUGAAGAGAGUUGCUUUGACAGCCCAAAAGGGCUCCCGGUCGCACGGCCCGAUAUGUCAAUUAUGUCAAUUCUCGACUUCAGCGCCCCGUGCUCUCCCUAUCGCACGCCUACCCACCUCUCCCGCAAGUCGAACUACGGCCUCCAAUCUCCGUUUACAGCCGUCGAAGCGCACUGAGAGAUUGGCUUUGACUUCUCCUUCUUUCAUUUCCCGCCGAUAUGCCUCCGCCGCAGCCGCCAAGGGAAGUCCAGCGACCGUAAUCAAAGAGAUUGAGCGGGAUGCAUCUGCCCUGCACCAAUCGGACGCCGUGGCCUCCAAUGAAGUGGUAGUGGACUUGCUACAGAGAUGCCAGCGGCUCGCUGAAACCCUGGUCUCACGAGAACGUGAUCAAAAUGAAGGGUCCUCAACAGGUGAGGGCAACGCGAUCUCAUCUUUACUGAACCUGGAGGAGAAGCAAAAUGCUGCGCGGAGCAAAGGACAACCACAAUCCUCACAACACCCGGACCCACGACUAGCAGACGCGGUUUCGAACAUUGCCAUCCAAAUCCUCAAGGAUGAGAAGGUCUUCAUCUCGCCUGAAGCCCUGGCCGCUUGCACUGAGACCCUGACCCUGCUGCGACAGGCCGAGCACUUCCCGGAGAUCUUCCACCUUUAUGCCUACAAGCCUGUGCCAGAGGAGAACAGCUCCCCAGUGAAAUUGCUCAAGCCCAACCCCAAGAGUGUCAACAGUGCCGUUCCAGCAGAGUUGGCCAACAAGGCUCUUGAUGUUGCUAUUGCGCAGAAGAAUCUCUCACUCGUUCUAGCCAUUAUUGACAACACCUUCUGCGCUCCUGCCUUCCACCGCGCAAAGAUCUUCAAGAAAGCCGGUGUUCCGCUCAUCGGUCUUGCGGCUGCCCCUGCUGCUUGCUAUGCGCUCGCCUCGUGGGCCGCAACAUUCCAAAACACCAUGGAUCCUAACGUGGCUACUGGAAUCGCGUUCGCUGCUACGCUGGCUUACGUCGGCGGUACAUCCUCCAUGGGUAUCUUGGCCAUUACCACAGCUAAUGAUCAAAUGGAACGUGUGGUCUGGAUCCCCGGUAUUCCUCUGCGACAACGGUGGUUGCGCGAGGAAGAGCGCGCAGCUAUGGAUAGAGUUGCUCUCGCAUGGGGUUUCAAGGAUCCUUAUAUGAGAGGCGAAGAGGUCGGCGAGGAAUGGGAGAGCCUCCGCGAGUUCAUUGGCAUGCGGGGCAUGAUUCUGGAUAAGACCGAAUUGAUGCAAGGCAUGGAGUAA